AUGAACAAUUUCGAAUAUUUAUCGGAAAUUGAAAGAAAACUUCUAAAUAAAUGUCCUUAUUCUCUAACUCUUACAAUUGAAGAAUUAACAAAGCCUGCCAAGAAAAUUCGCAAUAAACCACCACGACCACAAAACAGUUGGAUUAUCUUUCGAAAAGAUUUUGAAGCUAAUAUACGUCUACGUAGUCCUGGUGUUAAACAAAAAGUCAAAAACACAGCAAAUGAAUGCAGCUUAAAAUGGAAAUUGCAAUCAAGUGAAGUCAAGAAUCUUUUCAAAAUAUUAGAGAAAAUAGCUUGUGAGAAUCAUAAACGUAUAUACCCUAAUUAUAAAUAUAAACCAAAAAAUCCAAAAAAUCUAAACUGUAAAGAACUUCGCUUUCGAGAACAGAAAAAAUAUGUAUUUCCUUCGUCAGUUAAGUUCAACGCAACAAAUUUUAAUUUACCUCGGGAAACGAUGCAAAUCGACGGUACGUCGCCAUCUUUAACUUCCAAUUCACCUCAAGAAGUAAUACAAAUCGAUAGGUCGCCAUCUUUAGCUUCUAACUCGCCUCAAGAAGCAAUAGAAACUGACGGGUCGUCAUUAACUUUCAAUUUACAAGCUGACAUGUUGUCAUCAUUAACUUCCAAUUCACCCCAAGAAAUCAACAGGGCGUUAUCUUUAACUUUCCAUUCACAAAUCGACAG